CGGACUUACGACUCUGACGUCCCCGAAAAUAGACUCCGGAGCGUUCGAAAAAGUAUCGACGGAAAAUCAGAACCCUCCGACCCAUUACUCGUGUAACAAGUGCCAAAAACUUCAUCUCCGAAGGACCAUUGUUUCGUUAAUGAACAAAUGACUCGAGUGAACAGUGCAAAGUGAUUCCCCAUUGAUGUUCCACCGUAUUCUCUUAUCGUCAACGCUCAAACGUCGGAUCUGUGACUCAAAGGAUAAUUAGAGACUCUCGAUACACUCAAGAGGUCGAAGAAAAAACUCUGCAAAGAUGCAAGGCUAUCAGAGAAACUACAAGGAGCAGCAGCAGAGGGAGGACGAAACUAUAGUGGUGGAUAUGGUGCCGUCUCAGUACCAAUUGAGCCCACCGCACAGUCCGCAGUCGGGCAACAUCCCGAAAACACCAGAAAAAGAUUCUUCACCGCCGAUGGAUCAAAACAUAAGGAGGUACAGAACGGCAUUCACGAGGGAGCAACUCGCUCGGCUCGAGAAAGAGUUUCAUCGCGAGAACUACGUCAGCCGUCCACGCAGGUGCGAGCUGGCGGCACAGCUUCAUCUCCCGGAAUCGACGAUCAAGGUGUGGUUCCAAAACCGUCGUAUGAAGGACAAGCGGCAGCGCAUCGCGAUGGCAUGGCCAUACGCCAUGUACACCGAUCCAACAUUGGCAGCGACCUUGUUGGCAGCGGCGACCGCGGGUCUGCCGCCUCCCCCGUAUCACCCGGCCUCCGGAAUUCCGGCCUCGCAUUUGGCGCCAAAUUACCCAGCGGCGGCUGCAGCGGCCUACUACGCGGCUCGUUACAGUCCCUAUCCGAGCGGGAACCCGGCGAUGGGAUCGAGUCCGUCGCUGCACAGGCCGCAUCCCCAGCAGUCGGCUUUCGGCCAGCAUCACCAUCCCCAUCUUAUACAGGCGCAUCACCCGCUGCCGCCCCUCCACCUCGCGGGCUUGGGCGUGCACGGUAACGCCUACGUAAAUCCGAGCGCGGCAACGGCCGCGCCAACUUAUCGACCGACUUUGCUUCCGGAUUUGAGUCCGGCGCAUUCGGAUGCUUCGAGCGACUGCGACUGCAAUUCGAACAAUAAUAACAACAGCGGUACCAACGGCAACGCGAACAACAACAACAACAACAACAACAACAACAACAAUAACAACAACGCGAGCCAUCAUCACAGCCACGCGCAUUCGGGAUCGCGCGAGAAAAGUGCCAUUUUGAAGUUCCCGAUGGAGCUCAACGCGACGAAUCUACCCGGACAAAUUCAAACGAUCCAGGGAGCAUUCGAGAGCAAAAACGCAGCUUCGUACCACACGGCGGUGCUGCCGAGCUCGCCGACCGGCAACACAACGACGACGAUCAAAAUCGAGCCUCCGAAACUAUUUCAACCCUACAAAACCGACAUUACGGAAAGAGCGUGAAUUCCCUCUUCGAACAAGCAGCUGAACGAAAACACAUGCAAUCGCACAAACAACCCAAAGAUUCGAAUCUCGUUUAUUUCUCUCUCUCUCUCUCUCUCUCUUCUGUACAUAAAAUUUUCUUUUCAAUAUACUUGGCGUCAAGGC